CUUUCCUUUGUUCUUUAUAUAUAUUCAUAUAUUUAUUAAAAUAAACACUAUGGCCAAGAAGAAGGGGAAUAAAAAGCAAAAUUCUAAAAAAAAUAUACCAAAGAAUAAAGAAAUAGAAGAAAUCGAAGAACCUGUAAAGAAUGAAGAAAAGUAUUUGCGUAUAGAACCUGCUAGUUCUGAGACACAGAUUAAAGAUAAAAAGUUAAAAGCAAAGCUUUCACAACAAGAAAGGAACAGUCGAGAUGCAGCUCGUGCGGCUGCUAGAGCUGAAUUAUUAUUACAAGAAGAGACUGGUUAUUUAGAAGCUGAAGGACUUGAAAAGACCUUUAAAUUCAGACAAGACCAAUUGAUUCCUAGUCUUGAUGUUAAUACAGCAAGCAAGAUCUUUACAUUAGAUCUACCGCAAUUUGGACCUUAUGCAAUUGACUAUACCCGUAAUGGUCGUCAUUUGUUAAUUGGUGGCCAUAAAGGACAUAUUGCAGCUUUUGAUUGGCAAACGGGUGGACUUCAUUUCGAAACUCAUGUUAAUGAAACAGUACGUGAUGUCAAAUGGCUUCAUAAUGAGACAUUAUUAGCAGUUGCACAGAAGAAAUAUGUUUAUAUUUAUGAUAAAUCCGGCCUCGAAAUACAUCGUCUUAAGAGCCACAGUUAUGUUGAUAGACUCGAAUUUUUACCUUAUCAUUAUUUACUUGCAACAAUUGGUAGCAAUGGUUAUCUUAAAUAUCAAGAUACAUCCACAGGUGAACUCGUUGCCGAGAAACGUACAAAACUUGGACCUUGUAAUACAAUGACACAAAAUCGUUAUAAUGCUGUUAUUCAUCUUGGACAUCAAAAUGGUACAGUGACAUUAUGGUCACCUUCGAUGCCAUCACCGCUAGUGAAGAUGCAAUGUCAUCGAGGACCAGUGAGAGCAAUUGCAGUAGAUAGAGGAGGACAUUAUAUGGCGACAUCAGGUCUUGAUGGACAAUUAAAGAUAUGGGAUAUCCGUAACUAUGGAUGUCUUCAAGAAUAUUAUACACCACGUACAGUAGCUUCCUUAGAUAUUUCAGAUACAGGCUUAUUAGGUGUUGGAUUCCAUACACAUGUUCAAAUCUGGAAGGAUGCAUUUACGACAAAACAACAGUCACCUUACAUGUCCUAUUUGGAAGCUGGAUCUGUGGUUCAAGAUCUUAAAUUUGUACCUUAUGAGGAUGUGUUGGGCAUAGGUCAUCAAAAGGGGAUCUCAAGCAUCAUUGUUCCUGGUGCUGGUGAAGCUAACUUUGAUGCACUUGAAGCGAAUCCCUUCCAGACCAAGAGACAAAGACAAGAAACUGAAGUGCAUACAUUACUGGAUAAACUUCAACCUGAUAUGAUCGUAUUAGAUCCUACUCAAAUUGGUAAAGUGAAUAAAGUAACAAAGGCAGAAGUCUUGAAGAGACGUCAAUUAGAAGAAGACGAGAAAGCAGAAGGAGAUACAUCAAACACAACAGUGAAAGAAAGGAAGAGAAUGAGAGGUAGAAACUCUGCAUUAAAGAGACUCAAGCGUAAGAAAGCAAAGAAUGUAAUAGAUCGUAGAAUGGUAAAGUGAAGAAGAAAAUUAUUUAUUAAAUAGAGGGGGGGAUAUAUUAAUUAUUAUUGUAUUAGGUUGAGAUGGAAGAAAAGUUAGAAGCUGAUAAAGCUAGAACAGCGAAGGAGAAAGCAAAAGAUAAACCAUUUACAACACUUGAUAUAUUUGAAUAAAUAUAUGUAUUAUACAUUCAUUACAGCAAGCUAAUCCAUUUUUGUUAUUGAAUUCAU